AUGUCCAAACCCCGUCCAAUUCACACCUUGCAUCGCGAAAUUCGUACGUCUCCGGACGAGUCGGAGCCGGCCUUCUCCUACGAAGAACAACGCACCGGCUUUUUACACCGGGAAGACGAAGUCGCCGAAGACUUUCACCAACGUUACGCCGUGCACAGUAAAUCGCGGAGAGAUAGUGGAGGUGGCAACAGCAAUGCUAGUGCAGGGGGAAAUGGCACAAGCACAGGCGGAGGCAGCUUUUGGCGAACGAGCGAAGCCGGUAGUACCGGACCCGCCUUUGCUAGCGUCCACAUGAACAGCGGAAAAGAUCAGUACACUAGUAACAGUGCUCGGAAAUCAACGGGAGUUUUGGGAGCAGCUCUGGAGUCGCACGAUUCUACCGACUCGGUAGAACGUGGACAAAGCGAUUCCAGUCACGCCACUCCCACUGCUGCUACCGGAACUGCUUUGCAUUCCUUGUGGAACGGUGGUCCGAAUAGUUUGCACGGAACGACCCCACACGAAAUUUUACGCCGCAAGGAAUCUUCCAUGUCGGUAUGCUCUAACGCAUCGUGGGAAACUAUCACGACGUCGACCACCACCAAACCCGUACUAGCCAAAAAGAAAAAGGAAAAACUCGUCGACAAACAGCGCGCAGCCGACCGCCGUCAAAAAUGGGACUCGCAGAGCGCCAUUAUCGAUGCUUCUAUUGCUACCGGUCCUGCUUCUGCUGGUGGUGGGCAGAAUGGAGACUCGAAUUCUGCGACGACAAUCAUGACCACACCCAAGGUUGUGGUGGUGGCGCCACCCAACUUUUCCGAAAUGACGCACGGCUCCAGUUUGGAGCGGUCGUCGAGUGAUCAGUCGACGGGAUCGUUACUGUACGGAAAAACGCCGCAUUCCGGAUCCCUGUUGGGGAAAUCGAGUUCGCUCAUCUUUCCGACGGGUGUCGACGCCAACGCGGAAGCCGACUCGGAAGCGGACAAUUUGAAGCGCCGCAAAAUUAAUUUGCUCCUGGAUCAGUGCGAAUCGGUGCGGUUUCCCUUCAAUAAAAAGAAACUGGUACUCAACAACAUGAGUUUGACGGCUGCUGAUUUGCCCCUGCAGUAUCUCGUCGGAACCAGCCUGGGUAACACCUUACACAAACUUAGCUUGACGGGGAAUCGGUUGGGAUCCGUUCCCGCCAAGUUGGUCCAGCACUUACCCUUUCUGAAGCACUUGGAUAUUUCCCAAUGCGAGUUGCACCAAUUGCCAGACAAAUGGAAUUUGCCGCAACUCAAGCGCCUCAACGUUAGCCACAAUCGAUUACGGGAUUUCCCCGAAGAAGGUAUUUUGGAAGGCUUGCCCGAGCUGCAGGAGCUCAACAUGUACGGCAACAAGGUUGCAGAAAUUAUCAUUCAUCAUAAUACGACAGUUUUGUCUAAGUUGGAAAUCUUGAACCUCGGGUACAACGAUUUGGCCUACUUGCCGGACGAUCUAGAUCAACUCAAGGCACUGAAGACUCUCAAAGUCAUGAACAACUUUUUGGAGAAGGUUCCUAUGCGUGUUUGUGAAAUGGAGUUGAAAUUGAUCGACGUCUCUAGCAAUCCUGUAAUUCAACCUCCCCAAGAAACGUGUGAUCGUGGCAUCUGCAGCAUGCGACGAUACUAUCACUGUUUGCGGAUGGAGGAACAGUCCAAACAGCGAGCCCUGGAAGAAGUACAAAAGAAGGCACAAAAAGGCAAAAAAGCUGUGCCAAAGAAGAAGUGUUACGGAGGCUUUAUGAAAUCGUUGACAAAGCCGUCACGAAAGAAUACUGACGACAGUGCUAUGGCGAAUUCUGUUGGUCCUGUUCAGUCGGGAGCGCAUCUGGAUGACGGGCACUACGUAAACGAGCAAGGUGCCUUUGCUUUAAAGGUAGCGCCAAUGGAAAGAGACACGUCCUCCGUUGAUUUGGGAAAAGAAAGAAGUCUUCAACAACGACUAACAUCAGAAUCGUCUGAGGAAGUGGUCGAGUCAGUGGCAGCUUCAUCGCCCGUUGUGGACGCGUACGAUCAAGUGACGGUGAACGAUACGCUAAAAGUGAUCUUUGUUGGAAUGGCAAUGGUUGGAAAAACAUCAAUGAUCAAACGUCUGAUUGGAGGUGAAGCUGCGUCUGUACCAACGCAUGACCAAAGAACCGUCGGUGUCGAUAUUUAUCAAUGGAAUCCGAAGGAAGAUGUUCGCUUUGAACAUAUCGAUUCUCGAAUCGAAUUCCAGGACGAAGAACUUUCGGCAGCUUGUGGCGAUGUGGAUGUUAAAUUUAGCGUUUGGGACUUCGCCGGGCAGCACGUUUAUCACGCAACACACGAACUGUUCUUCUCUUCACGCGCGCUAUACGUUCUUGUAUGGGACAUGGGUGCGAUGAAUCGAGAUACAAUGAAACGGAAAGGGUCCUUGCUGGAAGAUAGCGAAACUGGGGCAUUCAAACUCUCGUAUGACUCUUCCGAUGAUGAGUCUGUCGGAGAUUGUGACGAUGACAAUUUUGCAGUGGAGGAAGAAGCACGUCGGGCUGAUCGUGCCUUGGAAAGGGAUAUUGACGAAAAGGUGCAAUUUUGGGUGGACUGUAUUCAGAGCAGCUCUCCUGGUGCCGCCAUACUCCCAGUAUCCUCUUUUGCCGACUAUUUCGCUGGUGAUGAUUGCGAAGGAGAGGCGAAACGCAGAUGCAACAUGCUGAAGAACCGUCUCUUAAAGCAUGAAAGACGCCGGAUCAAAGGAAUCAAGAAGCGGUUGAAGGACUACGUCGAUCAAAAUCGUGCAGAUGACCCGGCUGCAUUGCGAUUACGCAAACUGCUAUGCCCUUAUACCCGGCCGAAGCUUAUUUUUGGCAAUGACGAAGACAGCGUGGUACGAGUCAGUGGCACGCAAUACACGGGGUUCGAUCGUUUGACUUCCAAAAUUAUUGAUAUUGCCAGUGGACGGGACAAAGGGCAGUGGCGUUAUCCAAUUUUUCAUGGCCAUGUUGGGGCUCGGAUUCCACGGAUGCGCUUGGAAGUUCGCGAGGCGGUUACUCACAUGCGUUCUAAAUUCAUGGUUGUUGAGUGGGGCUACUUUAUUAAUCAGCUACGUGAUCGUGGGCUAACAAGCGUAGAAGAUAUAAGCGAUGCUCUUCAUUUUCUGACAAAUAUUGGCGAGCUCUCUUAUUUCGGGGGUGUCAUGACCACAAAAGACCAAGUCGCCAACCCAAUUAAAAAGAAGUCGGAUAAGGGAUCAGAAAAUGAUCAAGGAGAGAAGGGUUCCAUGGCAAGGGAAAGAUGCGAUGGCAAUGAUUCUGACGUCGAUGAUACAGAUCCUGACACAGCUGUUCUCUCUAUGGAUGACACAAGCAUCACAGCCCAGAGCACAGCAGAUGGAUCGUUAAGUACUGUGGACGACUUCAUGUCAAGCAGUCUUUCGCAGUUUGUCUUUUUGAAUCCGAGAUGGCUUGUAACGGCUGUGGCAUGUAUUCUACGUCAUGACCUAGACCGCGAGAUAAAGGAAACACGACGGAUGACCUCUAUUGGCCAAGGGCGUCGACUAGCACGUGAUACAAGCUUUUAUGAUGCACAAAUGAAUUGCCCGGUUAUUACCGCCGAAGACGCCUGUCUUUUAUGGCAGACCAAAGGAAUAACGAAAAGAGCCGCAGAACGAGCGCAGAAGUAUUCAAACAACAUGACUGUGACUCCGUUUGAGUUUUUGCAGCUAUUGCUGAUUCGUUUUGGUGUUUUCGUUCCCAUCGAUCUUAGUAUCGAUAAGGCUUUUCUCGGAGGACACGAAUACGCCCAAUUGGUUGACAGUUUAUGUGGACAUGCACCGACUCCGGAAGAAGUUGAAAUUAUCGUCGACUCUGACGAGGUUGCGCCAAAGGCUGAAUUUUUCUUUUUGCCCAGUCUACUUGGUUCGAGUGAGCCUGCGGAGGCAUGGACAUACAAGAAUACGGACUCCUGGAAAACGACCUUGUGCCAUUCUAUUUUGUUUCCCGAUGGCGUCCCACCUGGCCUGAUGGAACGUCUCACGGCUGGAGUUCUCAGCUCCAUCUACGCCGUCGCCCAUCGCAAGAACGUCUCUGGUCAAGACUUUCUGGGUAAUGAUAUUGCGACUUACGAAGGAAAGCUUACUGUCAAAGAAGUUCUUUGCUGGCGCACUGCUUUCCUACUCAAGCUUGGCACUCAAGUUACUGCUGGCGACGGGUCUAGCAAAGAGAGCAUAGUUGAGAUCAUUGCGCUACUUGCCGACCGCGACUCUCAUCUUUGCGUUGGUUCAGCAUACAUGGGCAUUGGAAUGCGACGACUGAUAGUGAGUGGCCGUGGCCAAGUAGGGGAUGGGGGUCGCAAAAUCUGGAAGGGAGGAUAUCUGCUUGUUUUGAAGUGCGUUCGCCGCGUCAUGGACCAAUACGGAGGUCUUGAGUACGAGAAGCAAGCUUUUUGUCCAGAAUGUUUGGCUAAGAAAGGCGUCAGCGAGGCCAGCUCAUGGGAGUUCAAUUCUAUCCGUUCGUCUGUACUGAACGGUGAAGGAAAUAUUCGUUGUCAGCACGGUCAUCGAGUCGAUACUCCACUGGUCGCUGGGCCGAUUGACGUGUUCCCAAAGGCCAAGCAGGAAGCCUUCACACAGCCAAGCGAGAGUGGUUUAGAUUCCAGCGUCCCUGUCCAGGACCUUCUGCGGGCGAUCGUCGUUGUUGGACUCUGGGACGGUAAAGAACGCAAGAUAAUUCGCGUAGGUUCAGGAUUUAUUGUUGACCGCAAGCACGGCUUAAUAGUCACGGCGAGUCACACACUCAUGAAUAUUUGGGGCGAUAAAAACACACCAUUUGGGGAAAAUUACUACGGUUUACGUCAAGGAAAGGUGGUGAUUGGAGUCAUUCCUCGGGAAAAGGAAGGCGGGGACGCAGGCAACAAAGAUAUGGCGGUAUUUCGCUACUUUGCCACUAUUGUCGCCAAAGAUCCAAGUAUGGAACGGGGCGAGUGUCACUUAGACGCUUGUGUACUACGCAUUACAACCCGCAUGGAGCAAGACGUUGGCGGAUACGGAGACGGUUGCGGCGACCAGCCAGAGCGUUUGCUUCUCAACAAUCCAGUAGCAAUGAAGAAAGAGAAACUGCAAGCACUCAAGAUUACUGACAAGUGUGAGCUAGAGGAACAGGUUCGUAUUCUAGGGUAUAAUCAAGGCGGCGAAGGCCGUUUGUUACCAGGCGAAAGUCUCAAUCGCUACGUGGACUUUGCUCGAGGCUACGUAUGCAAACGAUUUGCAAGCGGCGAAGAAAGCGGCAACAAAGUACGCGAUCUGUUCAAACCUCGUCAAGAAAUCGUUGUCAUUUGUCCAACGAUUGGUGGCCAUUCAGGUGGACCUUGUGUGAAUCAACAGGGUGAAGUUAUCGGCAUCUUAAGCCGUGCCGACCCUGCGGAAAACCAGCGAUGCUACAUUUCACCUACAUCUGAAUGGGUUGCACUAUCCCACCAGACACGUCACCAGCUGGUUUUUGGAGUUUUCUCACUGUCGCUACUUCGCACGACACACGACGAUGACAUGACCGUGAACCAGAAUCACACUUUGCCAGACCACACAGUUAGCAUGAAUGCUUGCCAAAAUAACAUGAUUACGCUGACGAAACGGACGCUACCGCAGGCCAUACACCGGCAAACUCAGCGACGUGCGCUGAAUAUACUGAGCCGGAUCGUAACUUCCAACGCUGAGCAACAGCGAGAUUUGGAUAGCGCCAUCAAAACUGUGCGCCUUCACGACCCAGCUGGGUAUCUCCCGGGCCUUUUGCUGCCGGAACGGCGAAUGCAAAAAGCAUACUACGCAGUCCGUGGCUUUUGGAUUGAAAGUGGUCUAAGAUUUGGAAACUCUGCAAAGAUAUCAAAGCACUCAUCACCCGAGGAACAGCUGAAGUGGUGGAAACAAGGUGUUGACGCCGUCUUCGCUGGUGAUGUGUUGACCGUGAACCAGAAUCACCAUCCGACUUUGCGACUCUUACAAUCUCUCUCGACUGAGGUUCCUUGGACCAAACAGCAUUUCGAUGACAUAAUUGAUGGAAGAGCCAAGGAUUUGAAUGUAAAACAAUACGAAACCGUUGCGGAUCUUACCAGGCAUGCGGAGCAGUCUUGUGGCACUUUGGCCGAACUAGUUUUGGAAAGUGGGGAAAUAAUGCCCGACAUUUCCCCUGCUUGUCACGAGGCUGCCCGUCUAGUCGGUAUUGCUCACGGCGUAACCAAUGCACUUCGUUUGAGCAUUCCUGUCAUCAGCACAACCGGAAAACUGAUCAUUCCCACGGAACUGACGACAAAAUAUGGCGUGCGCAGUCCCCGGUACUUACUUUCAGCGUUGGGUCAAGGUGAUAAGGUCUGUUUACGAGCCAUGGAAAACGCAGUACGAGACAUCGUCGAGACGGCAAGAGACAACUUGCAGAAAGCCCGCGAUCUACGCGAAGCGAUACUAGCGGAACCAAACGGGAACAAAGCCGUUUCUGUUUUGUUACCUGGAUUGGCGUCAGAGACCUUCUUGAAUAGACUGGAAAAAAGUCAGUAUCAGCUGACAGAUCGCAACUUACGUAAUGUCGGCUCUUUGGAACAUGCAGUUUGUGCUUCAAGAAUGACCUUGGCCUAUUUCCAAAAGAACUUUUAG